AUGUACUAUUAUUGCUAUUGCGAACAUGUUUUAUUAAACAGAGUAAUAUACUUUGUUCUUUCGAUUCUUUUUUAUCUUGACACGAUACAUUUAUGCGAAAUGAGUUCUGUCUCUCGUCAAUCAACAGUACUUAUUGAUAGUUUUAAUCGCUUGCAUAACUAUCUGCGUAUAUCCCUCACAGAACGAUGUAAUCUAAGAUGUCAAUAUUGUAUGCCAGAAAAAGGAGUCAAUCUCUCUCCUUCAAGUCAUCUAUUAAGUACUAAUGAGAUUCUACAUCUAAUUCGAAUAUUUACUACAUAUGGUGGCGUUAACAAAAUCCGUUUAACCGGAGGAGAGCCAACAAUUCGAAAGGAUCUUGUUGAUAUCGUACGUGGAGUACGAUCAUAUCCGACGAUGAAAACGAUUGGAAUAACGACGAACGGUGUGCUUCUACAUCGUUUACUCGAACCGCUUGCUGAAGCUGGUCUGAAUUCAUUAAAUAUUUCAUUGGAUACUUUAGUACAAGAGAAAUUCGAAUUUCUUACACGACGUGCAGCGUUUGCCCGAGUUUUAUCGAAUAUACGCUUAGCAUUGGAUAUGCCGAAAUCAUAUCCAUUAGUGAAAAUCAAUUGUGUAGUUAUGCAAGGAAUUAACACAGAUGAAUUGAAUGAUUUUGUUGAAUUAGCUCGUGAUCAACCGAAUUUAGCUGUCCGUUUUAUUGAAUACAUGCCGUUCGAUGAUAAUAAAUGGAAUGAAAAGAAAUAUUUUCCCUAUGAGGAAAUGUUGAAAAUCAUUAAACAAAAAUAUAAUUUGCAAAAACUAGCUCAGAUGGACAAAAAUGAUACAACAAAAUGGUACCGCGUGCAAGACGACUCUUAUAAAGGACGAAUUGGCUUUAUCACUUCAAUGAGCGAACACUUCUGUUCAACUUGCAAUCGAAUUCGAGUAACCGCAGAUGGACAACUAAAGGUGUGUUUAUUUGAUAACAAAGAAGUAUCUUUACGUGACGUUCUUCGAUCCGGUGCGAGUGAUGAAGAGAUCUACUCGUUGAUUCAGCGAACUUUAUAUAAAAAAGAUAAAGAACAUUUACCGGUGGAUGUCUUACACACACAAGAGAAUCGACCAAUGAUUUUAAUUGGUGGUUAA